AGUAGGUCGUGCUUUUCACAUUGUAGCGCCACCUUAUACACAAAGGUGACGAACUCUACACUCGUUGCCUUUUCACGGAGACGAGGAAAGGGAGAGGGCACGGAACCGGGUUUACCGGACAACGCGACAGGCAUCUAGUAAAGGAGGCACAUGAGGCAUUGACCUGGUCCGGCUGGUCAUUCAACAUGGCGUACAGACAGCCGUCGUCGAUCCGCGUUGAGACGGAACUCUCGCACGAGGAGAAGCGUCUGAUUCAAGAGCGAGCCAAACUCAAAGCACAGCUGAGGCAAGAGUACGUUCGCCAACUCACAGAUCCGCACAAACAUGGCUCGGGAGGCACUUUGUUUGACUCCCAGAUGAUGCGAUAUCAAGCGGCUCGUUCCAACAGCAUGAUAUACGAGCAUUUUCGUCCGACCCCCAAGGGAGGCCUGCACUGGUUUGCUGCAUCCAUCUUGCCCAUGCUUGUCCUUGGAUAUUUUGUUCAUAAGGACAGGCAAGAGUUUGAGCGGAAGUGCCGAACUGGUGAGAUUGCAUACAAGGACAGAAUGUUCAAGAUGAUCUAGCGGCAGUGUGCUGGAUGCAAGGUGAUUGUAGUACAAUAAAGCAUUUGUUGAGUUGUGGAA